AAGCAACAAUGCCAGAAUGUUUGGGAUGCGUUUCUCCCCCUCUAAAUGCAAGUUGUUGCUUCAGGACUGGUCUGCGUCAACACUUGAAUUAAGGAUAGGGAGUGAAGUAGUCGAAGGUGUUGACAACUUCACUUAUCUUGGAAGUCUGAUCAGCCCUAAUGGAUUGGUGUUUGACGAAAUCGCUGCACGGAUUCGAAAAGCUCGUUUGGCUUUUGCCAACUUACGUCACCUAUGGCGAAGGCGAGAUAUCCGUCUAUCAAUAAAAGGACGAGUAUACUGCGUGGCAGUCCGUUCUGUCUUACUUUACGGCAGCGAAACAUGGAGAUUAAGAGUAGAAGAUACUUGUAAGCUACUAGUAUUUGACAACAGAUGCCUCAGAAAUAUUGUUGGCGUCUGUCGGGAUCACAGGGUAAGUAAUAGUGGGGUUAGACGCGGGGUAUUAGGUAAUGAUGGUAAAUCAAUUGAUGAGGUUGUUAAUCUUCAUCGACUAAGACUGUUGGCCACGUGUUACGUAUGCCUGAACACCGAUUACCACGACGUGGAAUGCUAACCGGUGUUGGAGGUGGUUGGAAGAAAGUUAGGGGCGGCCAAACUAAUACGCGGCAUCAGUGAUUGAACUCACUAACUUCUAGUCUGAGCCAUGUUGGUGGAUACAGACUACUUGGUUGGGGUCCGCGUGACUAUCUUAACCAAUGUUUGGAGAUUCUGGGUGACAUGGCUCAG